CAAAUUUCCGCAACUCCUCUUCAAGCUAUUCCAAACAAAAUGCGGUUGUUGGCCAUGCAAGUGAUGAUCUUAGUAGUAUUAUGCUCUCUUUCUAAUUCAAUGUUCGUUUGCGGUCUUAGCUCCUUCAUGCAUUUGCACCAAUCCUUCACCACUAAGCUGAAAGCUGGAAAUGAGACUGAUAGGCUGGCACUCUUAGCCAUCAAGGGCAACAUACGUACACCAUGAUCCCAAUCGAGUCAUGAACUCCUGGAAUAACUCCAUUCACUUCUGUUUGUGGCAUGGUGUCACUUGCAGUUCAAGGCAUCAUCAGAGGGUCACUGGGUUGAACAUCAAGUCCCAAGGCCUGGCUGGCUCCAUAUCCCCUCACAUAGGAAAUCUGAGCUUUCUAAGGGAAGUUCGCCUCGAUGACAAUAGCUUUACUCAAGAAAUUCCUCCACAGAUUGGGAAUUUGCGUAGGUUACAGGUAUUAUCUUUAAAGAAUAACUCAUUUACUGGCCAUAUUCCUGCAAACAUAUCCAGUUGCUUCAACCUCACCUUUCUCUCUUUUAGUGGCAACAAGCUGGUGGGUAAAAUCCCUUCAAGUCUUGGUUUCUUGUCAAAGCUUCAAAUACUUGUUCUACAAGGAAAUAAUUUAACUGGAGAAAUCCCUUCUUCCUUGGGGAACCUUUCAUCUCUUACGGCACUACCUGCAACUAGAAACAACUUUGUCGGGAGCAUCCCUAGUUCUCUAGGCCAACUGAAAAGGUUAACCUUUCUUUCGUUUCAAGAAAAUAACUUGUCCGGUACCAUCCCACCCUCCAUUUACAACCUUUCUGCUAUUGUGACUUUUUCUGUUGCAAUAAACCAAAUUCAGGGGACUGUUUCCGCACAUUUGGGCACUGCGUUUCCUAACCUAAAGCUCUUCAGCAUUGCGGGAAAUAAAUUUAGUGGGGUCUUUCCUUUGUCAAUAUCCAAUGCAACAUGUUUAGAGGUUUUCCAUAUUGGAACUAACAGUCUAACUGGACAAGUGCCCAAUUUGCAAAAGCUUCAUAACCUCACGGUCUUCAAUGUCCAUUCUAAUUAUCUCGGAAGCGGUAGACAACGAGACCUGAAUUUUGUCUCAGAAUUGGCGAAUGCCACACAGUUAAGCUUAUUGUAUGUAGGAUACAACAAUUUCGGAGGGACAUUGCCCACAUCAAUAUCCAAUCUCUCAUCCAGUCUUGAAUUCCUUUGGCUCCCUGGAAACAAACUACAUGGGAGCAUCCCAACUAGUUUAGGAUAUCUUGUGAAUUUGCCAUCACUGGAUUUGUCCGAAAACUUCUUCUCAGGUAGCAUUCCCUCUGACAUUGGGAAGCUUUCAUCACUUGUGGAAUUGGAUUUCUUGUCAAACCAACUAUCAGGAAGCAUUCCGUCUUCUGUUGGAAAUUUGACCAUGUUACUCCGUCUUUACUUGGAAAAAAAUAAUCUAAGUGGCAGCAUCCCUUUCAGUCUUGGAAAAUGCCACAAGUUGUUGGUGCUUGAUCUUUCUCAAAAUGACCUUAGUGGUACGAUACCCCAACAACUAUUUAGUGGCCUGCUCUCCUUAUCAAUUUACCUAGACUUGUCCAAAAACUACUUUAGUGGUUCCCUUCCGGCGGAAAUCGGUAAAUUGAGUAAUCUCGGUAUACUUGACCUUUCUGAGAACAUGUUCUCAGGAGAGCUUCCUAAUAGCCUUGGAGACUGUGAGAGUUUAGAAGUUUUACACUUGCAACACAAUUGUUUCAAGGGGCCUAUUCCAUCAUUUCUCAAGGACUUGAGAGGCAUUCGAGAUUUAGACAUUUCUCGAAACAAUUUUUCUGGACAAAUUCCACAAUUCUUUAAGAGCUUUGGAAACCUGGAGAAGCUGAACAUAUCCUUCAACCACUUAUGGGGAGAAGUACCAGUUGAAGGUGUUUUUAAGAAUGCAAGUGCAACGUCAAUUCUUGGAAACACCGCACUCUGCGGAGGUCUUGCAGAACUUCGACUUCCUCAGUGCAAAUUUCAAGUGUUUAAACCAAGAGGUUUGUCUCGUACCAUGAAAAUAGUUGUGUCUUUGGUAUCUGGGAUUACUCUCUUGGUAAUUGCCAUGGUGCUAUCCUUUUUACUCCAUCGGAAGAAAAUGAAAUCAAAUGAGUUGAGCACUCAGGGGAACUAUGUUUUGCAAGUUUCAUAUGCAACUCUUCUAAAAGCAACUGAUGGGUUUUCUUCCACUAAUUUAAUUGGUGAGGGUGGUUUUGGUUUUGUAUACAAAAAAAUUCUCGAUCUUUAUAGAGUUGUCGCUGUUAAGGUACUCAACAUGUUAUACAAGGGAGCUUCAAAGAGUUUCAUGGCUGAAUGUGAAGCACUAAGAAAUAUUAGACAUCGAAAUUUGGUCAAGAUUAUAACUGCAUGUUCAAGUGUUGAUUUUUGUGGAAAUGAUUUCAAGGCACUAGUUUAUGAAUUCAUGGAGAAUGGGAGCCUAGAAGACUGGUUGUACUUUCAUCCAACCACUGGAAUUGAAGAAGGAAUAGAUGCACCCAAAACUUUAAGUUUUGUCCAGAGGCUUGAUAUCGCCAUCGAUGUGGCUUCUGCAUUGGACUAUCUACACAAUCAUUGUGAAACACCAAUAGUGCAUUGUGAUCUCAAACCAAGUAACGUUCUUUUGGAUAGAGAGCUUACUGGACAUGUUUCCGACUUUGGACUGGCAAGAUUUCUGUCAAAAUUGACAAAUAACGUUUCUGGAACUCAAUCAAGCUCCAUUGGAAUAAGAGGAACGGUUGGUUAUGCUGCCCCAGAGUACAGCAUGGGAUGUGAGGUGUCUACAUAUGGGGAAGUAUAUAGCUUCGGUAUUCUCUUGUUAGAAAUAUUUACUGGAAAGAGGCCCGUUGAUCCUAUGUUUAGUGGCAACUUAAAUCUUCAUAACUUUGUGAAGCUAGCUCUACCUGAACAUGUUGAGGAGAUUAUGGAUUCACGACUCAAAGGAGGCUUCACAACUGUUGAUGAAGAUCGCAAUCAACCCUCCAGAAGACAACAAAAAAUUGAGGAGUGCUUAAAGCUGAUAUUCGGAAUUGGAAUUGGAUGUUCUGCUGAAUUCCCAACAAACCGAAAGGAUAUAAGUAUUGUCGUAUUUGAAUUGCACUCCAUUAGGAACAAUCUUCUUGGCUAGAACCUCCUACAUUAUUACUGUUUUAUGAUGGCUUCUAUAUAUGUUGUGUUGUAUGCUUCUUG